CUCAGUUUUUGCUGUCAAAUAUUGUUUUUUGAAAUUUUACUAAUUUUUAGAGAUUUCACUAUAUCAAAUGGCGAAAAAUUUUAUAAUUACAAUUUUGUUUCUUGCGCUUAUAUCAACAGGGCAUGGUACGCCUGUAUUUAUAUGGCGCGCCCAAGUCAACCAAAAAACAGUGUUUCCACAAGUAAGACAACACGAAUUUCUUGAAGAAGUGAAACCAUUAUUGGAAACGCGUAUGGUUGCUGCCUUUACAUACGAUAAGUUAUCAUUAAGCAGCUUUCGUUGCGAAGAGUGUUUCCCAUUCCUAAGUCAACAGUCACCCGCAGUAUUCUACGCCAAUGUUGAGAAAGCCGACAAAAGUUUAUUGGGCCUUAAACCUAAAGCGCAAUUAAGUGUUGACAUCGAUGGAAAAUUGAACUCAACACUGACCUGCGGUGCGGGGAAAUUGUAUAUGAUAUCAUUGGAUGCCUUAGGUAAAGCCAGCAAUCCAAUGAAGAGGUGUGAUGAGGCAAUGAAAAAAAUUACAGAAUCCGCAAAUUGUCCGGAUGUUGCCUAUUUAUUCAUGGGAAAAGAGGAUGAAGUUGUUGAACUAAGCGGCCGUCUCUAUCAGCAUAACCAAAUUUCAUUUUAUUUCACACAAAUUCAAAUGCAAAGCGCCGAUUUCAUAGAAGAUAUAAUAUUGCUUAAUAUGAACGUGUCCGGCACGGAUCCAAUGCUAUCCGUUGAACUCAAAUCAAAUAAUACCGACACAUCGUUGUCAUUCCAUGUACAACUUAGCAGUGGAUAUUUUGAGAUAAGGACAUUUUAUUAUAACGAUACAGCCUAUUAUGUUUCCGAUUUAUAUGCACCACAAACCAACUCGUAUUCAUGUGGCAAGAUAGUACUCCGCAACAAGGAUAAGGGCAUGCUAACAAUAAGAAGAUUGCAAAUUCAAUAUGACCAAGAAAGACAUGGUGAUUUCAUGUUUAAGGAUGCUUGGACUUGUGAGGGUUUCACUUCGCCCGCCAUAAUUUCGGGUCUUUUUGUCACUGCCAUACUCUUGGGUAUAUUGUUUCUUGGCAUUGGCAUGCUGAUGAGUGUACAGGCCCCAACGAAAUAUGAUAAUCCAAUCGGUCCAGGACUCCACAUUAAUGUAACUGAUUAAUAUCUUGUGCGAAAAAUUCCAUAGUUAAUGUUAUGCAAUACUAUCAUACAUGUGUAUAAUACUUUCUUUUAUGUUAUUAAAAAUGUCCGUAGUAAAUGGACUGUAAUUAACAUUAGAGCUUUCAAAUUAAA